UUUGUUCCCUGGAUGACACAUUUCUCAUCAAUUGCAGCAAUAAAGUAGCAAAAACAGGUACCCUCACUGUUACAAACAUAUCCAUUGAGGCUCACGACUUGCAUAUCAUGCAAUUUGUUGCCCGAGACUGUUACAAAUAGACAGGUGAAGUAGAGGAACAGAUUAAUGCCUCCCUCUCUACAGCCAUGUACACCAUUUCCAAGUUCAAAAAUAAGUUCACCGUUGUUGGAUGUGACACUUCUGCAUACCUUCAUGGGUUCCAGAAAGGAGAACGGUACACGAUCGGGUGCACGUCUGUAUGUAAUAGCCUUCGCAAUGUGGUCGAUGGGUCAUGCUCUGGUGUUGGGUGUUGCGAGGUAGCAAUUCCUGAUGGAUCAGAUUCUAUAUCAGUAGAAGUAAAAAGUUUUAACAACCAUACAAAUGUGUCAAACUUCAAUCCCUGCGGCUAUGCUUUUGUUGUGGAACAAGGAAAGUUCUAUUUCUCCCAUCAUUACCUCCGUAACCUAUCAAAUGACAAGCUCCCUAUGGUGCUUAAAUGGGCAGUUGGGAAUGAGACAUGUCAAGAAGCAGCUAAAAAAAAAAAGAAAAUCGUAUGUAAGGGAAAUAGCGAAUGCACAGACUACCCUACCGUUUCAGGAUACCGAUGCAACUGCAAGUCGGGUUACAGAGGGAACCCAUACCUUUCCCAUGGUUGCCAAGACAUUGACAAGUGUGAGAAUCCAACUCUCAAUGAUUGCACAAAAGCAAAACAUUGUGUCAACACAAAAGGGGGUUAUACAUGUGGUUGUUCAAAGUGGUACCAUGGGGAUGGAAGAAAAAAUGGUGAAGGUUGUAUUGCGGAUCCCCUACUUGUGCUUAAGAUUGCCUUUGUUGCUGGAAUAAGUUUAAUUGCUAUAGUUGUGGUUUGCUCUUGGUUGUACUUUGUAAUCAAGAAAAGAAGGCUAGUCAAGCUUAAAGAAAAAUAUUUUCAACAAAAUGGGGGAUUGAUUUUGCAACAACAACUAUCUAGUGAAGAAGGAUCUAGUAAAACAUUCAAAACCUUCACUGCUAAAGAGCUAAAAAAGGCUACUAGCUACUAUGAUAAGAGCAAGAUCAUUGGCAGAGGAGGUUAUGGCAUAGUUUAUAAAGGAUUCUUACCAGAUAAUAGGAUUGUUGCAAUUAAGAAGUCCAAAACCGUAGAUGAAAACCAAAUAGAGCAGUUCAUUAACGAAGUGGUUGUUCUCUCCCAAAUCAACCACAGGAAUGUAGUCAAAUUAUUAGGUUGUUGUUUAGAGACACAAGUUCCUUUAUUAGUCUAUGAAUAUGUCCCUAAUGGUGCCCUCUUCAAUCACAUACAUAAAGAAAGCAUCACAUCCACCAUAUCAUUAUCAUGGAAUACUCGUUUGAGGAUAGCUGUAGAAAUAGCAGAUGCACUAUCAUAUUUGCACUCCGCAGCUUCUAUACCUAUAAUUCAUAGAGAUGUCAAGUCUACAAACAUACUGCUCGAUGAUGAUUUUAUUGCAAAAGUCUCUGACUUUGGAACUUCAAGGUUGGUUCCACGAGAUCAAAAGCAAUUAGUUACUGUAGUGCAAGGAACUCUUGGAUAUUUGGAUCCUGAAUACAUGCUAACAAAUCAAUUGACGGAGAAAAGUGAUGUUUAUAGCUUUGGAGUGGUCCUUGUGGAGCUACUAACAGGACAGAAGGCACUUUCAUUUGCUAGGCCUGAAGAACAGAGUAGUCUAGCUAUGUAUUUUCUUUACGCAUUGAAAGAGGAUAAAUUGUUUGAAAUUCUUGCAAAUGGUAUAGCGGAUGAGGAUAAUAUGGAGCAAGUCAAGGAAUUUAUGAAGCUUGCAACAAAGUGCUUAAAGGUAAAAGGGGAUGAGAGGCCUACUAUGAAGGAAGUUGCAAGUGAGUUAGAUGGACUGAGAAAGAUGGAGAAGCAUCCGUGGGAUAAUGUUGAAUCGAAUUGAACGGAGGAGACCGGGCCCUUGAUUGGUGAAUGUUGAACGGUGAGACAUCUGGCGAUUAAAAAUAUCGUGAUCAACUCUAUCAUAGUAUAAUGAAACUAUUGGGACUGAUAGCAUGUAAUCAUAUGUAUAAUCAGUGAGCUUUGAGAGGCAGAUGAACAUCUUCCACGAUGUCAUGCAACUAUCUUUUAUUAUCGUUUUUUGAUAACCUUAGCGUUCUCUUUAUUAUU